AUGUAUCUGAGACCACGCAAGGGCAUAUCAUUUGUGAUAGCAGGAGUUGAGACAAAAGGGGACACUCAUGAUGAUGGGAAGAAAAUGAGCACCAGCAUGCUCCCUGUGCAUAAUGAAUUCAGCGACUUGGAAGAUGAAGAUGACGAUGCCGAUGACAACAGGAUGGAAGAACACGAACAAGACACCAGUGGAAAAGAUGCCAAUUUGAACAUGGAGGGAAAUGAUGUUUUAAGCUUUCAUGGGAACGAGUAUUUGAAUGUGGGCAGGGAGGACGAUUUGGAAAUGGAUGGGAGUGGGGGUGGAAGCUUAGACACGAACGAGGACCUCGACUUAACCUUUAAACAAAGAGAGCAAGACGUUGAACACGUCGCUAGUGAUCAUGCGGAUAAUUCAUCACUGAAAGGAGUGGUUGUGGUCGAGCACGGAAAAGAUAGACCAACGGCAGCCUUAAAUGAACUCGACACUCCAGAUGAGUAUGCAAAGUACGGGAUCGGAGCGUUGUUGAUGAGGAAAAUGGGUUAUGAAGAUGGGAAGGGUUUAGGGAAUGGAAGCUCUGGAAUAGUUGCGCCAUUGGAUGCGCAGGCAAAUAAAGGUAGACUCGGUGUAGGAGGAAAACCUCCAUUACAGAAGGACAAAGAACUGAAAACGCCACGACGAAAUAGCGGCGAAGGAAAGUACAAACUGCAGCGUGAAGUCGAAAAGUUGAUUUCCCGUUUUCUAAAUUUGACGAUGGAUUUUAGUGAUUUGGGCGUAGAUGUGCCAAUUCAACUUAGAGAAUGGGCAGGCCAAUUGAACUCAACCGCAACAGAAAAUGACAUUGAUCGUAUAAAAUAUGAGUAUGCACAUCUUGAGGAAUUGUGGAAUCAAAUAUCCCAGCUCAAUGAACAAGAGGAAGCUUUAGAACAAGAGUUGGAGUAUACGAGUGACGAUGGAUUUGGCACUGUUGAUUAUGAGCAACUUCUUCCUGUUGUGAAGAAAUGGGAGGAGCUACUGUUACAAGACCCAAGUGAUGCGCAGAUCCAGGUUGUUGUAGAGCAGUUGCUCCUGUUGUACUUGCCGGACUCCCUUGUUGAGUCAAUCAUUGUAACCAUAUUGCAUCCAAGGAUAGAUUCAUUGGCAAGCAUACCUUUAAAUGACUAUGAAAAACAACAGGAAAUUGUUGUCGCCACUUUGAACAAAUACACAGAAAUCUUGAAGCCAGAGGGGGCUGUACUGACCUUGUUCUAUCGGUACUUGCUUGAACGCUUUAGCUGCAAAUUUGAGGAAUUGUUGGAGAAUAACUUGCUUGAGGGUGUCACUGGUGAUGACAAUGAAUUGGUAGCAAUAAUUUCGUUAUGGUUGGAUGAGGGCAACCGAGACUUCAAGGAAGGUGUGUUCAUGGAGAUUGCGAGGACUGUAAUUGCCCCACACUUUGAAACCCAAGUUCACAGGUUGGACUUCUUGAAUGAAGGUACCUCAUUUGAACAAUUAUGUUAUCUUUUGAGAGUAAUCUAUCUUGUUGGUCUCAAAGAAGACUUUGUUGUUGAAAGGGCAAUACAUUAUGUAGCAUCUGAGAUAGAAAGCUAUCUCAACAGUGGGCAACUGGCUGUAUGGUUCAAAUCGGAGGGAACUAUCAAACUACAAAUACCGUUCAUUAUGAAACAGUUGCUACCCGAACUCAAACCCCUCAGUGAACCAACUUGGCUGUCGCUACAAGAGACCUUUAAAGUGUCCUUCAUAUCAUGGAUUAGAUCCUUAGUGCUUACGCCUACCAAGUUUGAGAUUAUAUUAGAUCUUUCGGAGCUUCUUCCGCUGAAUGAGAGGUUUCUCGUGUUGCAGUUAUUGGCUUUUAACAGUUGGAUAGUAGCCAUGAUUGCACACAAUCGCUUAAACCCUACUGGGACUCCAAGCUGGUACGCAAAAUGGUAUUUGUAUUUCGCAGCCCGAUUAAAGCAUGAGCAGUCACAGCAGAUAAUUGACCUCGUUCAUUGGUACUUGAGCAAAGCUUUGGAAAUUAUAAAAUCACACUUUGAUUCUGAUGUAACCAAGAACCUUCCAAGACUCGAGGGAGAACUUUUCCCCACUUCAUCUCAACUACUCCGUUCUUCGCGGGUCCGAAAUGUGAACGGAACAGCUACAUACCGAUUACAAACUUCAUUUCGAAAUGUGAUCCAGGAUUAUUGCAUGAAAAACAACAUACUCGUGGAGCAAUUGAAGCUGGCUAUUGUCAGAAAAAGGGGGCUACCAAUACUUCGAUUCCAAAAGGCGGGAAUUGAUAGAUAUGGGUAUAUUGAUGCUGAUGUUUUAUGGAUUGCUCACACUCUCGCAUCAGAGGAGAAGCAGUACCAACCAAUUUCUUUAGACGAUUUGGCCGGGUUCUUUAAAGAGUGA